AAUGCCAGUUUUUAUUAGUGACUUUGGCAAAAGCUCGGGGGGUUAUUUUGAAAAUUUUCAGCUCCCACCGAAAAAGACGCCAAAAACGCCAACCGUUUUCUGCAACUAAAGAGCAGCAGACACUGCCUCUCCGCCCACUGCCUCAACUGGUUUGCCGUCGUUCGCUUCCCACCACCACCACCUAUAUAUGUUGGAUGCCUUCCCCUUCUACAUUACAUUCGCCGCCGGCUAAGCUACCCAGCUUUGGCUGAGCCAGCGGAGACAAACACAAAAACGUCUGGAUUCAUUCCGAAGAAUCAAGGUGGUGGGGACGGUGUUUGAUUAAAUGUAACCAAAUUUCUUCCCUUUGCUCUACUGCAAUUGUCUGCCAAUUUCCUUCGACUCGGUUACUUUGUUGCUCAAAGCUCAUACCAUCUGAUAGUAGGGAAGGUGUUUUCUUGAAUGGUCAAGGGAACAUCUGACUUGCUUUUGUACUUAAAAAAGCACCAGCUGGUGGCACAAAUGACAAAUCCUGGAAAUGUUGGAAAAAGCGCAAAUGAUAUGUGUACGAGUAUUUAUACAAAAGUCAUGGCCGAGUUUUGAUCGAAGUGAUCAAACGAAGAUAAGCCCAAAUAUCCCUGCGAGAAUCAUGGAAAAGAAGUUUGGGAUUGCUUUACAAACGUGUUGCUGAAUCUCGAUACAGAGGUCAAAUGAUAUGAAAGGCAACUUGAUGCACUUGAUUGAUGAACACAUAAUGGGCAACGACAAUAUUGAGCUACCAAGAAAGUUAAAAUCAAGAUCAUUGAUUUGAACGCACAAAAAAGCAUGUUUUCCGUACAGAGUUCUGUAAUUUAAUAUUCCUACAUUUCAUACACUCGCUUUAUUGUUUGAGGCAAUAGAUGUUUGUGGAUGUUUAAUUUUUCGAUUACUUCCAGUGAGAUUUGUUGGUCGUGUCAAAGCACGUGCAUCGCAUGUGCCUAGGACUAGUGAUAACUAACUAUGCGAUACCCAGGUGGGGCGAAUUUGAAAAUACUGAUAGCCUCACUACAAGCAUGUGCCCAAACCAAUAACCUCACCAGAGGCAAAGAAAUCCACACCUUCAUGCUCAGAAACGGCUUCCUCCUAACCUCCCCUCUACCCACAACCAGCCUCAUCAACAUGUACUCCAAGUGCAAUUCCAUGACCCAUGCCUUGACCCUCUUCGACACAUCGUCCACCCAUCACCGUAACGUGUUCGCUUACAACGCCAUCGUAGCCGGUUUCAUUGCCAACGGCAUGCCCAGAUCCGCGCUGGAGUUUUACCGAGGAAUGCAGUUUUCGGGUGUUACGCCGGACAAGUUCACGUUUCCCUGUGUGAUCAAGGCCUGUUCAGAUGUUAAUGAGUGUUUAGAGGGUAGGAAGGUUCAUGGGUUGGUGUUUAAAUUUGGGUUGGAGUGGGAUGUGUUUGUUGGAAGUGCCUUGGUUCAUUUGUAUUUGAGAUUUGGAUUCGCGGAAGAAGCAUAUCAAGUGUUCGACGAAUUGCCUGUGAGAGAUGUUGUGCUGUGGAACGCAAUGAUUAAUGGGUUUGCGCAGACUGGGCAGUUUGGUUUGGCACUGGAGGUUUAUAAGGAGAUGGGAGAAGAAGGGGUCACACCAAAUAAAUUUACAGUGACAGGAAUUUUAUCAGCUAUUUCCAUGAUGGGAGACCUUAACAAUGGCAGGGCAAUCCAUGGGUUUGUGGUCAAAAUGGGUUAUGAUUCCGGUGUUGCGGUUAUGAAUGCGUUGGUUGAUAUGUACGGGAAAUGCAAGUGCCUCAGGGAUGCGUUGAAGAUUUUUGAGAUGAUUCCUGAGAAGGAUAUAUUUUCGUGGAAUUCGAUAUUAUGUGUUCACGAACAGUGCGGUGAUCAUCGUGGAACUUUGGGGCUCUUAGAUAGCAUGUUACGUGCUGGGGUUAAACCUGAUCUGGUGACAGUCACUACCAUCUUACCAGCUUGCGCUCAUUUGGCAGCCUUGAUGCAUGGUAGGGAGAUUCAUAGUUACAUGAUCAUUAAUGGGUUGGAAAAGGAUGAUGAUGGAAGUUUCGAUGACGUUUAUGUUAAAAAUGCUGUUAUGGAUAUGUACGCAAAAUGCGGGAGCAUGAGGGAGGCUCAUUUAGUAUUCAAUAAGAUGAGCUACAAAGAUGUGGCAUCCUGGAACAUCAUGAUCAUGGGGUAUGGCAUGCAUGGAUUUGGUAGUAGGGCGCUAGACAUGUUCUCCAACAUGUGUGAGGCUGAGUUGAAGCCUGACGAGGUCACCUUUGUGGGAGUUUUAUCAGCGUGCAGCCACGUAGGUCUUGUGAGCCAAGGACAAAAGUUUCUUGCUCAAAUGGAUUCACUAUAUGGAGUUGUUCCAACCAUUGAACAUUACACAUGCGUGAUCGACAUGCUUGGUAGGGCUGGGCAGCUUGAGGAGGCUUAUGAACUCGUGUCAACUAUGCCAAUAGAGGCCAGCUCAGUGGUAUGGAGGGCUUUCCUAGCAGCUUGUCGACUCCAUGGAAAUGCAGCUUUGGCUGAGGUUCCUGCACAGCAGGUACUUGAGCUUGAACCAGAGCACUGUGGAAAUCAUGUGUUGAUGUCUAACGUUUAUGGUGCAGUUGGUCGAUAUGAGGAGGUAUCCGAAGUGAGACUUACGAUGAGGCAACAAAAUGUGAGAAAGGAACCAGGUUGUAGUUGGAUUGAGCUUGGUGAUGGUGUGCACAGUUUUGUUACCAGUGACCGGAGACAUCCCGAGGACUACCUGAUUUAUGCUGGAUUGAAUUCAUUAAAUGCUCACUUGUAUGAGGGUGGAUCUAUGCCUAGUGUCUACCAGGACAUUUUGUAAACCGUGCUGGUCUUAUUCCCCGCCAAAAUAGAAAGAUGUCAGAGCUGCUGAAUUGGAAAUCCUCAAUCCAAGGAAAAGUCACUUCCGGCUAUCUCAAUGCUAUAUUUGAUUUGAGUGGAUCCUGGUUGAUUGAAGCUGCGGAUUCCAAAAAUCUUGCAUUUGAUGGUUACUUCAUCUCAGCAUCUCCACUAGUACUCCAAGACACAGUGAAGAAUAGGAGUAUUUGCCAUGAGGAUGCCUUUCCAUUCAUUUAUGAACUACCUAAGAAUGUCCCAAUACAACAAAACCUAACAAUUGCAGUGCAACCCCCCCAAGGUGGAGUACAACUGAAGAGCAAACCGCGUAACUGGUAGAAGUAGAUGACAGCCAACUUCUGACGUGACAAUGCAGUGAUGACUGAUAAUGAGGGCACAACUUAGGACGUGAGAAGCUUGCGAGGAAUGGAUUAAGGCACAACACUACAACUGAUAACUAGAUGAAGGAGUUGGCUGGACAUAGAGAAGACAACGUUGCUUGGAAGCGUCAGCAACAAUGCUCCUGGGACAAAAAAAUGCUUCUGAAAAGAUUUUGUAGACAAGUCACGGUUUGACCUAUUGAAUUCGUGUUCAUCUUGUGGGCCAAUUCUUAGCCACAUUCUGUAUAUUGAUUUAGCGGCAGCAAUAAAAAAUCAUAUGGUGUGAUCUAGGAAGCUUUCAUGUUGUAUUUCUCGUAUGUAUUGAUCGUGGACUCAUGCCCGAUGCAAGCAUGCCUCCUAUAUGGAAUGCACGUGCUACUUGGUGGAAGUCCUGAACAAGAAAAUUGGUGUCUGUCUUUUUUGAUUUCAAUGUUUGAAUAAAUUCUAUGGCCAAACUGUUAGCUUGUGCGCUCAAAUUUAGGAUUAAGGAAGCAAAUCCUAGGACCGGUUUCCUUGAUUGACCUGUUUCUAUAGGAAUUGACCCUCUCUGUUUCUCAGACCACAUGAGCCCAUUUCUAUUUUGGUAUUAUUUGGUUUUGUUUGGCAGGUUUAUCCAGCUUAUGGAACACAUAUAAUUGUGGGAAUGGCUGUUGGGUCCAACAUUUACUCUGUGUAAAACAAAAUCCAUCCUCACCAAUUCCUCUUGCUGCGCCGAGGGGAUAUUUGGAGGAUCUUGGAGAUGGUUUAUUUUCAGAUGGAAUGAGUGAGCCUCCUUUAUUUAGAGAAGACUAAAGUAACAGAAGGUAUAUCUCACAUAUUUUUCAGUUUUUACGACACUCACUGUUUGACUGUGUGCUAAGUACGGAAACAGUGAACCCGUGAACCACUUUGAACCGGGCCUCACCCUUAUGUGGUCUAAAAGAGGAGGGGACGGGUUCUCUUACAGCCACUCGAAGCUGAUUUUUACCUCUCCUUACCGGGUUUCCAAGAAGUGGCUAUCUCAGUCAUGCUGUCAAUUUUAGUCUUGUCAUUUUACGGUUAUUGUCGUCUGUAUGCACUUUUUUUUUUUGUGGUCAUGUUGUGCAAUCACCUAGGUUUUCUUUCACAUGGGUAAAAGAGUUUUUAACUGAAAAAGAUUAUGGACGUGAAUGAGUAAAAUGGUUAAAUGCUAAUGGAAAAGACAGAAAAUGGCUGUCAUACUUGGAUGGUAUGAUGUAAGGCAAUAAAGGACUCCCCCUCCAAAUGGUUCCUUCCAUUGGAAUAGGAAUUGCAGAUGACAUUUUCAUUGGAAACCUAUGAGUUUUUGCUUGACUGUUAAUUUGCCAAAGUUUGUUUCCAUAUGACUCUGAGGUCAUUUAGCUCUUUCUGAGGAUUCAGUUUCUGGAGCAGUAUUAUUUUCUGUUCUCUUUAGCGUUCAUGUCCUUUCUUAGAGACCAAAAUAAAAAAUGAAAAAGAUGAAAGUGCUGGGUUAUUUCUUUGAUUUAAUGUUUCUCUUGUCAGAUAAGACUGCUCUAGAGGAACUGCAGUAGUUCUUGGAGUUCCAAGUUCCUAGGCGAUGGGCACCUAGCCUGCAGAGGGGGAAUGAGGCAUACUGUUCUCAUUUUUGGAUUAAUAGCUUCCUCCAACAGACAAAGGAAACAAGGAAACCCUAAAAUAGAAAAGAAAAAAAAGGGAAAAGAAAAGAAGAUGAGGUGCCUGUUACCAGCAUAGCAUGUGUACUUACUGCUCUUUGGCCAAGGAGGCCUUGCAAAGGAAUAUGUAGGCCUGCUUCAUAUCCCACCUAGUCAAAAAGGUAGUUCAAGUCAAGUUCCACACAUCCUGUGAGUAGCGCUUUUAUUUGUCCAGGAGCACCAUGUCACUGUAUUCAGUAGGAGCGUACUUAGGAAUUACAUAUUCUGCACCAGAGAAUAGACUGUAGCCUGCAGAAAACUAUGAGAUUUGACAUUUUAUUCGAGGCAAAACAGCUAAAAAGAGAGGAGUUCCAAGUUCAAUUAGGUUGCCUGAAAAUUCACACAGGACUGUCUAGAGAAACCGAAGCUUAAAGAAAUACUGAGACGAUCCGUGAGUUUUUCAGACAAUCACAGCACAAAUUAUUAUUAGGUAAUAUAUCCGAUGAUAGUCAAAUGUGACACAAUAUACAACAUGACAGCUUCAGAUAUCUGUAUCCGUAUCAUGUUCCAUUAUUUCAUGUUUUCUUCCAUCAUUUUCUACAACAUCUGUUGACAGGAGAGACGCUUCAUGAAAAUUAAACUCCCAUGUACAUAACGUUUCUAUCUGUUGCGGGAGAGGGAUGCACAACUCAAAAUGGAAGAGGGCAGUUUCUAUUAGGGU